GGGCAGAGAGCAAGUGUGAGCAGAGAGAGAGAGAGCAUACAGACAAAGAGAGCAAAGAGUUCUGAUGAAGAGACAGAAGUUUGAGUGGACGACAGAAGAAGGACAAAAAGAGACAGACUUUUUAAGAAUGGAGAUGCAAGGGAGAGGGGGAGACAGAGGGUGAGUGAAGGUAGAGAGAGAGAGAGAUAGAGAGAGGCUGAGGGUGAGUAAAGGUAGAGAGGGAUUCAGAGUCAGGAUGGUCUCUCCGGUGAGCGGUGCCUUGGUUCUGCUCGCGUCCUCCCUGCUGGUUCUGCUCUGUGGGGUUUGGUGUGUUGUGGGUCAGGACCUCAGAGAGACGGACGCGCUCUGCAGUGAGGACAGCUGCUUCGUGGCCUACUUCCAGAGAAAGACCUUCCUGGACUCCUGGAGAGCCUGCAAGAAAAGAGGAGGAAACCUGGCUACCAUCAAACACAAAAGGGACGCAGCCAUGAUCGCCUCUCUGUUCUCCAACCUGGACCUCCGACACUCUCGUACCAAAGUGCAGGUCUGGAUCGGCCUGCAGCGCCAGCCUCGACAGUGCACCUCCACCCGCCCACUGAGGGGUUUCUCUUGGACCACAGGAGACCAGGACACAGAGUUCACAAACUGGCUUAAAGAGGACUCUCCCAGUACCUGCUCCGUGUCCCGCUGUGUGGUGAUGAGCUACAACACCCAGGAUCAUACUGACAAUUUGAAGUGGCUGGACGGAGCAUGCUCGGUGGCUGUGGACGGGUAUCUGUGUCAUUAUGCCUUUGAAGGAAUGUGUGUGGCCCUGUGGAGCGAGGGGGCAGGUAACGCCCUCUACACCACACCUUUUAACCUCCUCAGCACCCUGCUGACCCACGUACCGUUUGGAUCGGUUGCCACCAUGCCCUGUCCUGAAGGCACCAACGAGGAGCAGUCAGUGCUGUGCAUGCAGAGAGAGGACGGCUCAGUGGGGUGGUCCAGAGAGCCUCCCCUCUGCUCCAGCCCUCCUGUUUCUCAGAGCUGGUGUGAGCAGGAUAACGGAGGAUGUGAACAUUACUGUAAACCUGCAGGAGGUCACUCUUACUGCGAGUGUGCAGACGGGUAUGAGCUCGGGGAUGAUGGUCAGUCCUGUGAGCUAACUGAUUUCUGUCGGGAUGCCCCCUGUGAGUCUGAAUGCCUGCCCCUGUCAGACGGGUACCGCUGUGCCUGUCCUGAAGGCUUCAUGCUGACACCAGAUGAAAGAGGCUGUCUGGACGUGGAUGAGUGUCUGCAGAGUCCGUGUGAGCACCUCUGUGUGAACACAGCAGGGUCCUUCGAGUGUGGAUGUCGGGAGGGCUACCAGCUUGACGAAUCAGGGGGCUGUGAGGUUGUGGAUGAGUGCGGUCAUAACCCAUGUGAGCACGUCUGUGAGAACACGCCGGGCUCUCAUCUCUGUCACUGCCGCCUGGGUUACUCCCCGAUGCCCGAGGACCCGAGCAGAUGUCAGGAUGAUGAUGAGUGCCGGAUCCCCGGGACCUGUGAGCAGAUGUGUUCGAACAGUGAGGGAGGGUUUGAGUGUUACUGUGUGGAGGGGUAUGAACUCAGGGACGAUCACUUCUCGUGUCGAAAGAGAGGAGAGGAAGACCACCAGUCUGCUGCCACCCCUGCGUUUCCCUGGGGCACCCACCAGCCCGCGUGGGACCCUGAGUAUGACUGGACCCAGCAGAGCCACACUGACUGGCCUCUAGAAGAGGAGCCCUCUCUGGACUGGAUGACAGACCCGCCCAGAGUCCAGGAUUCUGAUGUGAUUUGGGUGACCAGCUCUGCCCAGGAGGAGCUGCCCUUUCACUCAGCACCGACAAAGGAGGAAGAGGAGUGGUUGCAGAGGUCUGAGCCUGACCUGGAAGCUUUACCAAAUACUACUUACCCCACACCUCCACCCACCCACGGAUCCAUGCCAACCCCCAGCUGGUAUAAUGAGGAUGAAGAGGAAGAGACCACCACUGCUCCCCCCCUCCUCUCCACCUCCACCAUCUCUGGGGGGGCCUGGAAUUGGUGGGCAACCACUUCCAGCCAGGAUCCAGGAAAUCCAGAUGAUCCCGUCAUUGACUACAACAAUCCGACAGAUUCCAGCGACCAAAGCGACCAGGAGCAGCCCCCCCUCAGGAAAAACCCAGAACUCCCGGAGGAGGAUCUGGGGGAGGAGGAAGAGGAGAUCACACGCUCCCAAGACCCCACGGUUCCCAUAGAGCUCCCCCCAUCCCAGCCUCCUACAAGCGUGGGAGAGGGGAGCACGAACACGGUGGAUCCAGAAGAGAAGGAGGAGGAGCGGCUGCAGAACAGCACCUGGCUCCUGGUGGGCCUCCUGGUGCCUCUCUGCAUCUUCAUCGUUGUGAUGGUGGCUCUGGGCAUUGUGUACUGCACCCGCUGUGCCGUCCAGCCCCGAAACAAAAACGCCACAGACUGCUACCACUGGAUCUCUGGAGCUCACGACAAACAGGGAGCUGCUCCCCCAUCAGCCGGGGUCAAGAGCCAGGUCUAACCCCAGAGAGAGUGACUGAGGGUUAGAUAAACAGACUCUGAUUUAGAGCAGGAGUGAUGGAUGAGGCUGGAUAAGGAGGACUAAUGUUUGCGAGGGACCUUAAAAACCACUGAGCCGGUUUGGGGUUUCUAUGAGAUACAAACUACUCUGAUGUUUCAAACACUGAGCACACAUCUGAUUUUAUGGCUUUGAGUUUUUUUUACAAUCAAAAUGUUUUUACAAAAAGUAAGAGAGAAAGAGUUCUUCAGAGAGCCUCAGGGUACUGAGGACUUCCUGUAAUAGAGCUUUCACCAGAACCAGUAAACUCUUUAAAGGGACGCAGACUCUGAGGUGAGGGGAUGCAUACUCGGAGGUAAAGGGAUGCAGACUCUGAGGUGAAGGGAUGCAGACUCUGAGGUGAAGGGAUAAAUGCUUUGAGGUGAAGGGAUGCAGACUCUGAGGUGAAGGGAUACAGACUCUGAGGUGAGGGGAUGCAUACUCGGAAGUAAAGGGAUGCAGACUCUACGGUAAAGGGGCAGACUCUGAGGUGAAGGAAUGCAGACUCUACGGUAAAGGGGCAGACUCUGAGGUGAAGGAAUGCAGACUCUACGGUAAAGGGACAGACUCUGAGGUGAAGGGAUGCAGACUCUAUGGUAAAGGGACAGACUGUGAGGUAAAGGGAUGCAGACUGCAGUAAAGGGACAGACUGGGAUGUAAAGGGAUGCAGACUUUGAGGUAAAGGGAUGCAGACUCUGCAGUAAAGGGAUGCAGACUCUUAGGUAAAGGGAUGCAGACUCUGAGUUGAAGGGAUGCAGACUCUGAGUUGAAGGGAUGCAGACUCUGAGGUAAAGGGAUGCAGACUCUGGGGUAAAGGGUUGCAGACUCUGAGGUGAGGGGAUGCAGACUCUGAGGUAAAGGGUUGCAGACUCUGAGGUGAAGGGAUGCAGACUCUGAGGUGAAGGGAUGCAGACCCUGGGGUAAAGGGAUGCAGACUCUGAGUUAAAGGGUUUACUGUGGGUCAGGGUUAGGGCUGCAGACCGCAGACUGUGGUGGUUUAGAUCUCCCUGUGUUGGAGUUUAAGAGUUUAAAGAAACCAAACCUUUCCUGUAAAUAUCUCCUCUCCUGUCUUUAAAAUUUGCUUUUCCUGUACCUUCCGGUGAUACAUCAGAGACCUGUUUUUAUGGAUCUCAUAAACCCGGUGAUAUGCAGAGGAAUGUCAGCGUGCACAUGGGAACACUUUCAGAGCACUUCUUUUUUCUUGUCUUUACGAACAGAGGUCAAAGGUCAGCUGUUCACUCUGAGCAAAGAGCUGCUGGUUGAUGUUAGCCGUGACCCUGUUCAUGAUAUGCCCAUCAGUCACCCCUCAUAAUCCCGAUUCAUCUCCUAUAGGCUGGAUCCAGAGUUCAUCCACACAGUGGUCCUGAAUGGAUCACAUCCAGCUGUGGCAGUCUGCAGCAUGAAGCAGAUCUCAGUUGAACACAGAAUUAUAGUCCCAGAUUACAUAGACACACAGGGAUGAGGACAGACUCUGCUCUGAGGUUCAGUAAACUUUAAAGGUCAGAGAAUAAAACAAACCAAAUGCACUUACCUGUUGAAGUUUAAAGGAGAUGAGAGUGUAUCUGUAAGUUAUUACAGACUGUGAAUAUGAGUUUUCCUGUGUCAUGUUAAAGCUGUAGAUUAAAGAGCUAACAGUGAUAA